AUGGGUGAAGUAAACCUAAAUAAAGAAAAUGAUGAAAUAGAAUUGACUCUAUAUAUUUCACUUGGAAAUAUGUUUGAAAGAGGCUUUCUUAGAAUAAUUGAAAGAGCGGUUUAUGACUUUGGUUAUAGAACCUUGAAUUCGGCCAUCCAAUUUGGCACUAUAUCCACAUUAAUUGAAAUCAAACACUCGGAGUGGUUAAGCGGGAAUGGGGAAAAUAGUCAUGACGUGAAUUUGGAAUCCUUCACAAAAAUACUCUUGAGAGUGCUAAACUAA